GGAUAACUGAUACCUCACUUCCGGGUUUGAAAACGUGCGAGCUGUUUUCUACGUUUCGUGAUUACGAUCCACCACUGAAUACUAAGGAGGGACGGAACAGAAAAUAGACAACAUGUCUGGUUUAUCAGAGCUGGGUGUUGGAGGAAUGCAGUCGGCUGCCGCGGCUCUUAACUCAAAGGCUGAGGACUAUGUCAACCAGCCGGAUGUGGAGCUGCAGUGGGCAGUGAAGGCGUAUGCUCAUGCUGAAACCUACUUUAAUCUGAUCACCUCGGUGGACCCGUCUAUCCUGAAGCUCACUCGGGAAGAUGACGACAUUUACACAAAGUUCAGACAAGAAUUCCCUGAUUUUAAGGUGGAUGUUUUGGCUGAGGACGAACUUAAAUCAGUAAAGGCAAAAGAGAAAUGGCGUCCAUUCUGUGAGUCCUUCAAAGGCCAGACCGAGGACUACAACUACGGCACCCUGGUACGCCUUGACAGUGCCAAGGAUUACUCCGAGGAAAACUCAAUCUUAGGGUUACGGAUACAGUUCCUUGCUAUUGAAAUCUCUCGUAAUCGUGAGGGACACAAUGCACAGUUGCGUUUCACAUACAGCAAGAAGAAAGCAGAGCAGAAGGCGGAGUCAUAGCAGUGGCCAUGUUGGAUUAAGACAUCUUCAAAACAUUUCUUAUCAUAUCUGUUUUUGGCCAUCAAACUGUGAAUCACACCAGCCAUACAGUGGUCAAACUGUUAGCCACGUGCAGAUGAUUAAUUCUCUUAUCAUCAGACUCUUUCCAACACUGAAAAGAUGUAUAUACAGUGUUCUAACCAGUCACACAACGCAGGCCGUAAUUCAGUGUUGGAAGAAGCUUCCUGUUUGACAUCUCCUGGCCAGGAAUGUCAUGUUUUCUGCUGUCUGACUUAUUUAAUGUUUCAAACUCCAAGCUCUGCUUAGACAUCAAGGCAUUCAAACAUAAUGACGUACAAUGUAUCAUGUAUUUUUUCUGUUUUAGAAGAGAGACCAAUAUGAUUGAGACAUCAUUGUUGGUUAGCACCCACGCCCCCCCCAAAUAUUUUAACAACAAUAUGGGUUUCCUUUUUCUGGCAGGUCAAUCCAAUAAUAGGGAAGGUUGUUUUUGUUUUGUUUUAUUUUUUUAUUUUUUGUUAAUUUUUACAAACAAUAAUUUGUAGAUUGUCAUUGAAAGCCUGCCUUCUUGACUAACAUAACAGUCUAUGAAAUCUUUUGUUACAUAAUACAUUUCUCUCCACUUCAAUUAAAACAAAUAAUUUUCCUGAUGCUGAUUUCAUAGGGCUGGCUAGAGCCGGCUAGACUUGCUUUUGUAUAUAUACCUAGUUUGGUUUUAUUUUCAUAAAAUAGAUAUAUACCAGUCAUGGUGCAGGACUACCUGCCUUCAAAGGACAGCCGAUACUGACUAGUGCAACACAUUCAUGUUAGUGGCAUAAAAUACAAGAUAGUGAGAACUUGAGAAAUACAAGAAAGAAGGUUGUGUGUCAGGCUCCAGAUUACAGUCAGUCAGGAACCCGGACACACAUUUGGGGGGCUUAGUGAGGUGAGGUGAGGUGAAAUUGGGUUUAACGUCGCAUCCAAGAUUAUUGCACUUAUAUAGUGACGUGCAUGCACGUGUGUGGGUAUGGCUGCUUGAACUAGUCCGGACUGAUGCC